AUGAAAGAAAAAAUGUUCCGAUUCCCUUAUUUAACACAACUUUUCAGCUUGAUAUUAAAAAUAUUUCUGACCAAGAAACUCUUCUUUGGACGCGAUUGUGAAUCUAAAAAUUCAAGUUUAUCGAGUUGUGAAAACUUCUUCAUAGAUCAAAAGUGUUCUAAACUUCAUGAAAGAACAUUUUACAUUCAAACAACAUCAAAACUUACUUCACUAACGACAUUAAAAUCAUGA